UUCGGAUCCCCAGUAGUAAAAUUAUGCAGUUAAUUUAAUUGAAAUUUUUAGUUUUUACAAGAAGCAAUGUUGUGAUAUUUGCUAUGCUUUCUAAUGUCUGAUUCAGUGAGUGUAGACUAUGCCAUUGUUCUCAUUUGGCUAGCUAUUUGUUCUGUGUACACAACACUACUAGCAAUCACUGCCCUCUGUGUUGUGUUUGUUUUCUUUAGAAAACGCAGAUCAUCAAUACUGAAGAGCCAACGUCCAGCCCGCACCCCAUUCUCCGAGCUUGAGUUUAAUGUUGCCACUCCGACUGACACCGCUAAGAGUCGAAGAGUCAGCUUUUCUAGAAGAACAGGUGUUGCCGAAUUCGUAACGAACGAAGCGACGACAACUUGGAAGAAUUUUUACGAGGAACAUAACAAAUCGCUAGAAUCUUCCAGUAACGAUUCCGAAGCCAAUGCAUCUAGACAGCCUGUAGGACAUUUAGGGAAACGAAUAUUUGACCAACAAUUUGAAGAAGUUGAGGCAGUCGACUUUAUAGGGAACGUCAAUCCUUCACUUAUGUCCAAUGGCUCCUUAAACAACAUCAAUUUCACCCAACAACUUGCUUCCCUCGACUGUACAACGGACACGAAGCUCACCGCUCCCCUAAAUAAAUUCGAACUAAGCACUUUUACGGAACAGCAAAGUAAACUGUUUGGAAAUGACUUCGUUGCGUCCACCAUAGGUGAGAACUCUGGUCGUAUCGAUGUUAAUUUCUCAAAUAUACAGGAGAUAGGUCAGAAAGAUGAUUUGGAUGAGAUUGAGAGGGAUUUAGAGAGGGGACCUAGUAAUAUGGGGUGUCACGGUCCGUUUAGCAGUCGACAGAGUUUGUCCGAGUAUAUUGAAGUUGAUCUUAACAUGACACAUGUCGCGCGCAAUGAUGAGGACAUGUCUAUCACGGAUACAAUCCACAGUCCCGUUCAAGAUGUUUCCAAAAGUACUUCGAUAGAUAAGAAAGUUAGUCUAAAUCCUGAUUGGGCAGCUGAUAAAGAGAAUAUAGCUGUUAAUCCAUAUGUUACACCUUGCGAAGCGGAUAAUUUUGCCGUCCAUGAAGAACCGAAUCAAGUCCUAGUUUUCGAUGGUAAACGCUUAACUUUGCAGCCUGAUAAACCGGAGCCAGAAACUGAGAAGAAUUACAGACAGACUCUAUUGCCGUCAACCUCUUUUGAGACUCCACAGAGGAAGACUAUAGUGCUGAACGUAAACGAUGACUUGCCGAAUUUUGUCGAUGAUAUGCUCAAUUCGAAAUGUGAUAACUCUGCGUUCGUUAGUAGGGAUGGCGGCUCUACUUCCUUCGCUGUUGAUGUUCCAAAGAAAGCUGCUCUAAACCAGACUGGUAAUAUAUCAAUGACCCAAGCUUUGCCGACUAAUAUCAUAAGUGAUACCGCGGUUGCGAAUGACGGUUCGAGUAAACGACGAACGAUAGUGUUUAACGAAAGUAUGGGCAAUAUAUCUGUAACACAGUCUUUGCCAGCUAAACUAUUUUGCGACCCUGGUCCAAGUGAUAGACGUCGUACUGUUGUGUACGAGAAUGAUACUGGUAACAUAUCAAUGACACAGGCCGUUCCCACUAAUAUUCUGGUUGAUGAAACUUCAAAUAGAGGGAAGCGAAAGACGAUAGUUUUUGAAGAUGCUCAAGCGAAUAUAUCAAUCACACAAGCAUUACCAAGCAACGUUAUCCUGGAUAAUAAGACUAAAGAAAAACGUAAAACUAUAGUUUUUGAAGAUGAACAAGCGAACAUAUCUGUUACGCAGGCGCUCUCUAGCAACGUUAUCCUCGAUAAUAAGACUAAAGAAAAACGUAAAACUAUAGUUUUUGAAGAUGAACAAGCGAACAUAUCUGUUACGCAGUCGUUGCCUACCAACGUUAUCCUGGACAACGCAAAAGAAAAAAGAAAUACUAUAGUUUUCAAUGAUGAUGCAGGCAAUGUGUCCGUUACACAAGCUUUGCCUGCUAAUAUAAUGUUGCCUGAACAACCGGCGCAGGAACGAUGCCGCACGAUCAUUUACGAAGACGACAUAAGCAAUAUUUCAGUAACACAAGCUUUACCAACGAAUCUGAUACUCGAACAAGCAGACCCCGCACCCGAAAGAAGACGAACAGUCGUCUAUGGUAACGAAACUGGCAACAUCUCCAUCACACAAGCUCUACAAUCGAACGUAAUUCUAGAAAGAGUUCAAAUUACCGAUCAAUUUAAUUUCUUUGCUACCAACAUUCGAUGCUCACCUAAAGACAGUGAUAAAAGAAGGAGGACGAUUGUCUACGAAAAUGAUACUGGCAAUAUAUCUGUAACGCAAGCGAUUCCCGCCCCUAUUAUAGCUGAGAGUAGCGAGGAGAGUUGCAAGACAAGUAGCGAUGAUAUCUCAUUUACUAAGUUACUGGAGAAUCCCAAACGAACGACUAUUGUCGCCGAUAAAGAAGAUGAUGAUGUGUCUAUGACCGAAGCUGUGUCCUCAAAAAUUAUUGAUGAGACUGUUAAUAUGAAAAAGACUAUUGUUUUUGAUGAUGAUGAUGAAGCUGACGAAUCGAUGACUCUUGCGCUAUCUACCAAUGUCUUCCUUUUAGACAAACUAGAUUCAGCAGUCGAACAGAGUGUUAAACUGCCAGAGAUAGUUGAAGAGGUGGAUGAGAAUGUGAUCAAUUAUGAGACGUAUGAAGAAAUGCCAGUGGCAAAGGAAGAAACCCCUUUAGAUAAUAAAAAGAAUAUACAUUCACAUGAAGGAGAUGGUAAUAUGUCCAUAAUAGAAGCUAUAGCGAAAGUAGAAGUACAGGAAGAAGUUAAAAAUACUGUUCUAUACGACAAUGACGAUAGCUGUAACAUGUCGAUUACAAAACCCAUACCAGCAGAGUUAGUUCAUCUUGAAAAUGAAAUUAUGGACAAAUCAAAAUGCGCAGACAAUCUAGAGACUGGGAAUCCACCCACCGAUGUCUUAGUGUACCAAACAGCGACGGCCAAUAGUGCGCCGCCAGCUUUAACCGAACAAGGGGAUCUGAAAAACCAAUCAGUGACUAGCGCUACGGACUCCAAGAUAACAACUUCAGAUAAUAAAGAUUGUCCUGAGUCUGUAGAAGAGUUGGACAGUGAGGAUGUCUCGCUCAUGCACCCGAGAGUGGCCGAGCGAAGUGACCAAUUAGUUCUCAAAACAAACAAUUCAGCAAUGGACGUUGACAAGAAAACAGACGAUGUCCCUGAAACACAACCUGAAAGUGUAGAAGCGAAAGAAUCGGUAAAAAUCGAGAGCGGGAAGUCUGUACUCGAUGCUCUACUCGAUAUGUCCAUCACUGAGGGAGGCACGGAGGAUAAGGAUCUAAUGACCCAGUUAGACUCAACGCAUACCGUUUCAGAAAAGAGAGAUGAAAAGACAAGUAAUAUUUCUAGCGAAAGCAUGUUUUAUGUGACGAAAGAUAGCGAGGAUGACACACAGACUGACAGAGAUGGAAAGAGCUCUGAAGCAUCGCUUAAAGACAAUCCGUCGACCCCAAUAGCAUACAAAGAAGACGACGAAGAAAUCAGUAGCCUUGAAAAGAAGAUAGAAGAAUUAAAAACAUCAAUAACAAAAGUGAAAGAUCCUUCAAUAAUAAACGAAUUUUACGAGAGAGUCGUCAACUCUGAUAUCCAACAUGCCGUCAGAGAAGAAGAGAAAUCCAAAAUACGGGAGCGGAGUGAGAUUUUCAAAAAAGCUAACGAUACUAAGGAGUUGCUGGAUAUGAUAUCCGAUUUUACUGAGAGAGACGAGGACGAAUAUCUACCGAUUGUCAUGAAAGUCAAAGGUCCACCGCCUGUAGAGGAUAAGGCUCAGGUGGUUGAGCCUAAAAGGCUGAGUUUUGCUCCAAGACGCCAGUCUAUUGUACUGAGUAGAGAAGAUUUGUUGAAUAACAUCUCUAUGGCGCAAGCAGCGCUGCAGAAGUCGCGGUUAGCGCUUGAUGACAGCGAAUGCGUGGAUGAUACUAAAGACUUCUCAACUGCCUCGUCCAAAAAAGCUGAUCGCACGAGCAAUGAAGUUGUAAAGACUUUGCACUUUGACGACGAGUCUCUGAGCGAGAACGACAUCAAGGCAGAUAUAAAAUACUCCCCUCUAAAGAAAACUGCUUUCGGGGAAACUUCGUACAUGAUAGAAAGUAAAGCUAAAGUCAUUCCGACCUACCUGAAAGAUGUUUCUGAUGGUAUAAAGGAGCUCAUGCUGGAUCUAGUGAAGCCUAUGGCAGAUAACGUGCCGUUUGACGGUACAGCCGACAAAGGCGUUAGGAAGAAUCCUUCGACGCAGAGCACGCAGAUACAGGCUAACCUAAUCACAUCGAGCCAAGUGGAUAUUGAUUCCGAGUUAGAUUCGUACCCCGAGUCGAAUUACGAAUCCGAUAAAAUGAGUUCGUUAGCCGGCCAUACUCUGAAUAAAUCAAGAUCACGUUCAUUUAGGAGUCCGGCGAAGUUUACAUCUAAUUCUUCUGAAAAAUCAUCUGAAUUUGAGGUUCCUAGUCCGCGACAGAGAUACAUUUUUCAUCGCCAGCCUAUAGAACAGUCGAUCCCUUCGAAAGUGCUUGUAUUCGAUCAUUUGAAUCCUUUAAACAACAUCCUUCUAAGUACAAUGGAUUAUUCGGACGCCCACAAGUAUAAUCCUAAGAAAUCUAAUGAUACGUUAUGCGGCUCUGAACCCAGCCGGUCCGCGUUGAUUCACUUCGAAGAUAGUCGUAAAAAAGAGCAUGAAGUGGAUCUCGUGAUGACACAAUUUUGCGUGGAGUCGAGGCAGCAGGCCAUGCAAGGAGACGGCGGUUGUAAGGAAGACCCAAGUAUGCGCUCUAGUAACAGUAGACCGAUCUCAACGGACCAGUCGAUAGCGGCUCAGACAUUGCAUGUCAAAGACAAUGAAGCCAACACUCUGAUUGCCAUGAAAGGCAACAAGGAGUUACUCGAAGCCAGUUCUUCCCUAACACUAGUUGACGACCCUCUCCCUCCUCGAUACUACGGAAAUAUACACAGUAACAGCACAAUACAUUCGCAUGAAAUGACAGCAUGUCGUAAGAAAAAAUCUCCCGUCAAAGAAGAGAGCGAAACAGAGAAUGAGAAACUAGAGUCAACAGAAGAAUUGAUGGAGCAUUCUCCGUUAUGCACUAAAGCCAAAAAACGUUUAUACAGUCCGAACGAUAGAGAUAAGUAUAAAAACUCACAUUCGUCUCUCGAUGUGACGCCGAAACCGAGUACGAAAAUACAGAAAAUAUCAAUAACUCCUAAAAUAUGUAAAGUCCAAAUACAUGAAGACAUCAAGCAUUUGGCUGCGGAGAAGGACAUGACUGAAUUGCCUGAGAAGCAAGCUAACACGUCGAAGUUUAUUGAAAAACGUUCCCCGAAAAAAGAGAAGAAGUCUCCUGCGAAUAUAACUGUACAACAGUUAAUAACUGAAUAUCACACUGUGGAUUCUGGGAUUGACAAACAUUUGUUAGACGCUUUGAUGCCGAAGUCGGAAUGCUCGAAAGACCCAUCGCAGUCUGAUGUCGGCAGCAAUAGCUUGGAUUUUGUCAGCUCGUUCACUAGCAGUAAGAAUUUGAACGCGGUAGACGUGUAUAGUUCCUCGACGCAUUCUCAACAGUUUUCGCAAGAGAUGCAAAAGGCUGGCAAGAUGGAAUGGCACCCGGAGCUGAUCAGUGCAAUAAGUUCGAAUUUGAGUGACUCUGAUUCUGGCGUCAAUGUUGUCGCUAAGAUCGAUAUGCUGCCGUUCAUGGGGAGUCACGAAUGCGAAUGGGAGUCAUCGUCAGCCGAUACGUGGUCAUUCCGUCUUCUGCACGGUCGGUUACGACUGACCGCUCGUCUGGCGCACCGCCUGGACAACGCGACCAGGACGAGGGUGCGAGGAGACACGCCAGUGCUGGAUAUUACUGUGGAAACCGUGCAACAUGAUAAGAAAAAUCCCGUAGCAACGAUGUGUGUUCGCUUCGCAUGUGAAACGAUGCGGUACAUGGUGUCGCGCGUGUGUCGCGGCUCGUGCUGCGUGGCGUCAGACAUUCCUCCGUUGUUGCGUCGCUGUGCCGCUGUCGCUCGCGUCGCGUUGCGCUGGGGACGCGCCAUGCAUGACGCGAAGCUACAUCUUGCUUACACCAUGGAUAACGAUGGAUAUUUGACGCUGAAGGUGGCAAACAUCCCGCUCCGCUCGGUGUGGGAGGUGUCGAUGCGCGUGGAGCUGGUGGUGGACGACGGGCGGGCGGCGCCGUGGCCGCGCGCCGGCUGCGUGCGCGUGGCGCGCGUCGUGUCCGACGUGCCCGUGCACGACCACGACGUCGCGCGCGCGCUCGCGCACACGCCCCGGGACUGGGGACACGCGCCGAGGACUAUCUGGCGAAUGUUCAGAUACCUGAAGCACAAGACGCGGGACGAUGACCUCUUGUUGGCGUAGCAGACACAGCACAUACCGCGUGUUAUUUCCUACGUAUUGCUCUCAUAACAUACAAUAAUAACCACCAUUUUACAUCGAAAUAUAUUUCAAUAACUUGUUAAACGCUACACGUAUUUCUCAUUUGCUCAGAAUGGAGAGUGUUACUGUAACGUACUAUGAACAAAGUAUCGAAGCCAAAUAAAUAUUUAAACAUAUAAAACGUUCACAUAAUUAUAGUUAUCAUUCAUUCUAAUUUCUUAACCUCUCGCG